GGUAUAGAUCGAGAGAAGGAGAAGCUACAGGAUGAUAAAUCAGGCGCCAAUGACACCGUCCUAGCGAUGCUACUAAGCAGACCUGAGUCUGGGUCUUGCUUGGAUUUUAGACCUGGUGAUAAAACGACGUAUCUUGUAGGCACCCUCAGCGGCCACGUCUUGUUGUGCAGGACGUAUGAACGGGACCGUUGCGUGCAAGUGUACGUCGGCCACACGGCCCGUGUGACCCGUGUCGCGUGGCGGUCCUCUGGUGCAGCGCUGCGACGGGCAACUUCCCGCAGCCCGUCACGGGCAACGUCCACUUAUGGGCGAACCCAGCAGUCCACUGACGCUGAAGAAGCAAUACCUGGUAAACAAAACCCCACAAGAGACCAGUCUCCUGCUAGCCAAUUAACAGAAACAAUUGAUGAUGUUGCAGGAAGUUCUUCAAUAAAUGAUAAAAACAUAAAAGAAGAGAAGCAAGAUGAAAUCAAGAAUAAAUUUAAUGAAGAGAUAACUGAAUCAUCAGAACAAACACAAAAGUCAGAACAAAUAGAUGGACAAAAUAACAAAAUCGAUGAAAUUGGAAAUGAAAACUCAAAUGCAACACUAUCCGAACCGACGAAGGGAAAUCCGGAAAUAUCAGAAGCGGCUUACAACGCCGAUUCAACUCCUCGCUCUGCAUCUCCCAAUCCUGUAAUUUCCGUUUCCAGCAGCGGCAAAAAUGAGAGGCUAAAUCAACGUGUAGAUUCCGUGGCCGAAAAAAUCCUGCAGGAUGAUCCCUCGAAAAUAGUGCGGAGUUCACGCGGCGAUCAUCGCAAAGAGCGGAGGGAGAAGCGCGCCGAUGAUGCGCCAACCAUUUUCCUCUCGGCGGCGAUGGACGAAACCAUCCGCGUGUGGAGCAUCGACAAGCCGGCGGCGCCUCUCGUCGUGCUGCGCGUGCCUAAGGAUGGCGGGGGCGGAUACUGUGAUGCUUGUUGGUGCUCGUGGUCCCAGCAGCUGGUGGCGGCCGCGAGAGGGACUGGGGUGGACGUAUGGGACGUGUCCCUCUCCGCCCACUCGCCAGUCCUCUCUUACCCUCUUCUUGGGGCCACCACCGUCGCCUUCACUCCCACCACACGAAACCUGGUGGUGGGGGACAGUGCAGGCAACGUGCACGUGCUGCACGUACACGGGCUGGACGUCAGCCAGGCAACCUUCUACAAGUACUCUGCUGCCUUCACUAAACUUGCAGCACUCACCAGUGCUUCUUAA